GAAGGGAAGAAGCUAAAAGCUGUUUGAGAUUGGGACUAACCAGUAUUUUAAUUGCCCCAUUAGGCCUCAAGUAAGCACCCCUUCUGUGACUUCUUCAUCUACCUCUCUGUUGUUCCGAUUCGGAAAGAAGGCACGCUCUUCUGACUCUUCUCUCUCUCUCUCUCUCUCUCAUCGUAAUGAUCACCAUGAAAAGCAAGAACACAAUUAGUCACCACAAGCCCAGGCGACCCAUCUCAGGAUGCGCCAUUACUCUGGUCCUCUUCUCUCUCUGUUCUCUCCCGAAUUCCCUCUGUUCAGCUUCAUUUCUUUCUUCGCCGCAGCCCAGAAGACCGCCGCCAAUUCCAGUAUUACCCAUCCCGACUUCGCAUCAGCUCUCAUGGCAGCAAUCGGAGAUGGCAAUCUUCCUCCACUUCGGCCCCAACACCUUCACCGACACCGAGUGGGGCUCAGGCCGCGCUGACCCCUCCGUGUUCAACCCCUCCGCCCUGAACGCCGCUCAGUGGGUAAGUGUCGCUAAAGAAAACGGGUUUUCGCGCUUGAUUCUGACGGCCAAGCACCACGAUGGGUUCUGCCUGUGGCCGUCCGACUACACCGAUUACUCGGUGAGGUCUAGCCCUUGGAGGAACGGAAAUGGCGAUGUUGUCGGCGAAUUGGCCGACGCGGCUCGUGGUGCGGGAGUCCAAAUGGGGCUUUAUCUCUCGCCGUGGGAUCGGCACGAACCCAGCUAUGGCAUGACUCUCGAGUACAAUGAGUACUAUAUGGGGCAGAUGACUGAGUUGCUCACCAGAUAUGGCACAAUACGAGAGGUGUUUUUGGAUGGUGCAAAGGGGGAGGGAGAAAAGGACAUGGAAUAUUUCUUUGAGAAUUGGUUUAGCCUGAUUCAUCAACACCAGCCCCAGGCAGUUAUUUUCUCUGAAGCUGGUCCAGAUGUAAGGUGGGUAGGAGAUGAGGCUGGGGUUGCGGCAACCACUUGCUGGUCCAGUUUCAACAGAAGUGCUGCAACAAUUGGUGGCACUGAUCCCAAAUAUUUACAAAGAGGAGAUCCUGUUGGGCAUGACUGGGUACCUGCUGAAUGUGACGUCUCCAUCAGAUCUAGUUGGUUUUGGCAUGCAUCUGAAGUUCCAAAGUCUGCAAGGACUCUUCUGGACAUAUACUACAAAUCAGUUGGCAGAAACUGUAUGUUCUUAUUGAAUGUACCUCCAAACUCUUCAGGUCUAGUAUCAGAUGAAGAUAUACAAGUGCUUAAGGAAUUCACUGAGCUUCGGACAUCCAUAUUCUCCCAUAACUUGGCAAAAAACGCCCUUGUUACUUCAAGCAGUACAAGACGAGGCAUUUGUGAUUCUCAGUACAGCCCUCAGAAUGUCCUCACCGAAGGUAUCUAUUCCUAUUGGGCUCCAGAGGAAAAUCAAUCAAAUUGGACACUAUAUGUUGAGUUUCAGGAUCCAGUUACUUUCAAUGUUUUGCAAGUUCAAGAGCCAAUUCACAUGGGGCAGCGGGUUAUUGCAUUCCAUCUUGAUUCCUGGAACGGGAAAGGGCAAUGGGAGGAAGUAACUUGUGGCAUGACAGUGGGAUACAAGAGGCUGUUGAGAGUUCCAACAGUAGUUUCUUCUCGAUUGAGGUUCAUUAUUGACAAGUCUCGGGCAGAUCCUCUGAUUUCAUAUUUGGGAAUUCAUAUGGAUACAGUUUCCAGUUUGGAUAUUUCUUACCCAAGCUCUGUAUCAUACUUCAAUGGAAGCCGUGUUCUGCGACAAGCUACAUCAUCCAAUCACACUCAAUUUGUUUCAGUUUAGUCCUCGAAUAAGUGUAGCAGUGGAAAACUAGCACCUUUGGGCUAGCUUCCUGCCCCCCAAUUGUUGGGGUCCUGUUGUAUGUAACUGUUCUAUCUGUUAUCUUUUUGGCAGUUUCCAUGCAAAAUUUGUCUUUUGUUGUAAAGGUAAUUAACCUUAGAUUUUAUUAUAUUUCAUAACUAUUUUUAUUCCA